UGCAAGUAUGGCAGCUCCAUGCAUAAACAGCUGUUUUCUUAUUGGUGUUUAAAGUAUGGCAACUCCACGCAUUUAUUGAUUUUUAUUAAAAGCCAGACGAUGAAUAAUUUAGAUAGUUCGCUGCAAGCGCACAACAAAUUAGAAAAAGAAACUACAAAUUUGGUGCUACUCAAAGAUCGCGUAGAUAAGUAUCAUGAUUUAUCAACACAAAUGUCCAGCAUACUCACCAUAUUCGAGAAGCGCUUGGGCAACUUGGAACAAACCAUACUGCCCGUGUAUCAGGAAACAGAACAACUGCAAAAGCGACAACAGAAUCUGGAAGCCACGCUUAAUUGUCUGGAGAGCGUGCUCUCGCAUUAUGAUGUGUCACAGGAGGUGUGUCAGCUGAUUCAUCAGGGACCCGUUGAGGGUAACAUUGCUGUAUUCCUAGAUGCGCUGGCCAAGCUGCGCGCUGCUAUGGAUUACUUUCUGCACAACAACUCCCAAAGCGUUGAGCUAGAGAAUGUCACUAGCUUAUUCAAUACCGGCUGUGAGGGUCUCAAUCAACACUACAGCAUGCUGCUGAAGAAGCAUAGCGCGCCUUUAAAACCCGUGGAGCUGCUGGACUUGAUUUAUAUUGAAGACGAUUCGUCAAGUGAUGAGUUUACCUCGUUUCGGCAGCUGUCGCAGAGCACCAGAGAAGAAUUAUUUACAAUAUCACAUUGGCUGGAACAGAAUUUAAGAGAAUACACACACAUCUAUGCUACGGAGCGUGGAGAAGUUGUUUUACGCUCGCUGCAGCUGCUAAAAGAUCAUCAAAAGAGCAGCAGCUGGGGCACUGAAGCGCUGCGACCAAGACACAGUGGACGACAAAAUGAGCCCAAGAAAAACACCUCAGCGCGCCUACAACAAAUCUUUGAAAAGAAGGCAAAUAAAUUAUAUUUACGCGCUACACAGACCAUAGAGCAGUCCACUGGUUUUUCUAUUAAGAAAGCCUCUUCGCACUCGGAUCACUUGACCUCUGAGGAUUUGCUUGAUGGCGAUCAGGAGCUGGACAAGUAUUUGGUUAUGCUGUUGGGUCUGCAGCGUCUGCUCAACUGGGAGCGCGCCAUUAUGCGCGAUAUUAUACCACCGUCCAAGCAUAAUGAAGUUUUUGCCAGACUGGCCUACAAUGCCAUAGAGCUGGUGGUCAAGGAUGCAGAGUCCAUAACGCAACGCAUACUGCGCUGCAUUUCACGCAAGGAGUGGACCUCUGCAUUGGGCAUUUUCUCUGCGCUGAAGCGCGUCAUAUUGCUACAGCCCGACAUGGAGCGCACCUAUGAUACGGCACAGCGGGAACAGCUGACGAAAGUGCUCAACAAAUUGCAGCAAACAGGCGCUAAGGCGCUGGAACAUUUUCUGGAUGUGGUCAAGGGUGAAUCGAGCACAAAUAUUGUAGGCCAAAGCAAUGUGCCCAAGGAUGCGACCGUGCAUGAGCUUACGUCCAAUACAAUUUGGUUUAUCGAGCAUUUAUAUGAGCACUUUGAUGUCAUUGGCGCCAUCUUGGCGCAGGAUGUGCUCUACUCCACACAACUAGACACUAUACUGAUGAAAAAGGCGCUGCCUGGCGAGGAGCGCAACAAGGCGCUGCUAGCUAUUUACAUAAAGAAAGCCUUGGCGGAGCUGAAUCUUUCGAUUAUGAACAAAUGCGAGCAGUAUAACGAUCAGGCAACGAAGCAUCUAUUUCGUCUUAAUAACAUACACUAUAUACUCAAGUCGCUGCAGCGUUCAACGCUCAUUGAUUUAGUCACCUUGGCUGAGCCAGAGUGCGAGCAUAGCUAUUUGGAAAUGAUACGAGAGCUGAAGACAAGCUAUCAGAAGACCUGGUCCAAAAUGCUAGCAGGCAUUUACUCGCUGGACGAGCUGCCGAAGCCUGUGGCAGGCAAGGUUAAGGAUAAGGAUCGCAGUGUGCUCAAGGAGCGCUUCUCGAAUUUCAACAAGGACUUUGAGGAAGCCUGCAAGAUCCAACGUGGCAUUAGCAUACCCGAUGUUAUAUUGCGUGAGGGCAUCAAACGCGACAAUGCGGAGCACAUACUGCCCGCUUACACUCGUUUCUAUGAAAUAUACGCUUCGGUGCAGUUCAGCAAGAAUCCGGACAAGUAUGUCAAGUAUAGGCCGCAUGAGAUAAAUGCCAUGCUGAGUAAAUUGUUUGAUGAUUCCGCUUAGAGUUCAGCCCUAGUUAUAGUUAUUUAAUAAAUCAAAAUGCAAAUUGCGGCAGGAUAAGGAUGGCAGUGUGCUCAAAGAGCGUUACACGAAUUUCAACAAAGACUUUGAGGAAGCCUGCAAGAUGGAAAACAUUAUUCAUAGCAUAAACCAGCCUAGUUAUAGUUUUAUAAUAAAUACCGAAAUGUAUAAAAUGCAAAUUGCGGCAGGAUAAGGAUAGUAGUGUACUCAAGUAGCGCUUCUAGAAUUUCAACAAGGACUUUGAGGAAGCCUGCAAGAUCAUCAAACGCAACAAUGUGGAGCACAUACAAUCAACAAGUAUACGCCGCAUAAGCUGAGUAAAUUGUUUGGCGAUUCCGAUUAAAGUUCAAUGCGCUCGGCUUUUUAAUUCCAACACAAUAAAU